UGACAUCACCAGACAGACAGGUAGCUAAGGGGACUAGUUGAGACACUCUUAGAACAACAGCCACUUUUGUGGGAGCCCAAGAACAGCAGCUUUAAAACGGGGUAAAUAUUCAGGCAUCAUUAGGAUCCUGAAUACAAGCGAGCCAGUAAAAUAUGGGAUCUACUCAGAAAGGCACAAUCUAUCAGAUGGUCAAGACAAAUAAACCUGGGGCCAAGGUAGCAGUUUCAGCACAGAGAGGGUCUGAGGUUACUACUAACACAUCCCCUCAGCGGGGACAUGGGUACAUUCUUGCCUCAAGCCAUCGAAGUGCUGCAGUCUCCCUGAACCCUUCCCACCGAAGAUCAGAAGCUGCACAUCCCACCACUCCCCAUUCGGCAUCAGACUAUCCUCGAUCUGUCUCCCUCCAGUCAGGGCCUGGACACUAUGCGGUACCCACUCCUCGGGUAACCGAGACUGGACCAAGAACAGAAUCAUCCCGCCAUUCCUCUCCUCCUAGAAAGAACCAGCAAACUCAGACACUGGCUUCCCAUGCUUCAAGCAGACUACGGAAUGUUAGUCCACCUGGAGAGGAAGCAGCACGAAGAGGCGGUGAGAGCAAGUCAGGGCGUGAGGUCGGCCAUCAUGCCUCAUCAAUCCCAGAUGCCAAAUCUACUCGUCGGUUGAGUUUUCAAGAUCAGAAGGAUAACUUACAAUCACAAAUCUUACAAGAUGACCCACCAUCCAAGGUCCAGAACCCCCAAGGAGUCAGAGUUCCCCGUAGGAUUUUGACUUACCCAAAGGAUGAAGCAGUACAAACUGAGCCCAUCCAAAGGAUUACGACUGCUAGCGAGAUCAGAUCUCCAAGGAGUCCCUCUCGCCCAGAGCACAGAAGCAGCUGUGUCUCUGCAGACUAUCAGACAGCCCAGAGAAAGGUCCCUGUAGAAGAAUCAGAAACAGGUCCUUACAGUUCAAUUCCUUCAAAACCCAAGGCCUUGUAUAGGAAUAUGAACUUGGACUCAUCACUCAAACUCUCUGUCCUUAAAGAUUCUGAUGGUGUACACCGAGUUUCUACACGGGUAGACCCUGAGUCUCUUCACAAGUAUUCUGUCUAUCCUGAAACCAAGCCCUCCGCAAAGGUCUUAGUAUCAUCACAGGUGGAGUCCAAUGUGAGGGCCCCAAUCCGAGGAAACAACGAGGUUGGCCGCAGGGUCACCAUCUCCCCAGGGGUACAGUCAGUAGAGCCAACUCACCGUGUGACAGCUCAGUCAGUGUCUGAGGGCUCCCACAAGUCAUCCAUGUUUGUCACUCCAGAGCCCAUCUAUAAACAGCAAACCCCAAAACCCCCAGAAACUACCUACAUGUCCCAAGGACCUACACCCAGGUAUCCAGAACUCUCGCAAAAGCCCUCCAUCCAUGCAGAACUGGAACUGACCCCUCGGCCCUUGCCUCCUCGGUCCUUACCUAGGUACGGACCUGACUCCUCAUGGUGGCCCUUGCUGAAUCCUGAAGUUGAAACACCCCAAAGCCAGCCGACAACACCUGAUUUUGAGCUUAAGUGUUCUCCUUCCCUAGAUCCUUUAUUGUCCGGUUUUAAAAUAGACUCUAGCCCUUUCUGUGAGGAUCUGAAGUUCCAGAGAGAGAAGGCAAGCCUAUCACCACCGUCACCACCAAAGGAGUUUCCAAGUUGGGCACCACUGAAUAAAGUGCCACAGACCCCCAAGCACACCUGCAAACAACCCAUUCAAAGGUUUAGUGCUUUCUUCCUGGAUGUCUCAGAGGAAAUGUACAAUCGUGUCAUCUGGUGGCUGAAAGGUCUGUGCUUUUCCCUCCUAUGGGUCCACUGUGGGAGCUUGGGGGAUGGGAGGACAGGUGAGGAGUGGCAUCUAUGUAUCUACAGAGUUGGGUCGUUUAGGAGAUAAAUGCUGGGAUUUUGACCUGAA